AUGGGUAAAAUAAAAAAAUUUGAGCACAAACAAAAUAAAUUUGAGUAACAUGUUGAAAAUCUGGAUAAAAAGAUAUAAAAGAAGGAUAAAAAAUUACAAUAAGUACCUAAAUUAUAGCAAAAACGAAAUAUAUAAGAGGAAGCACCAAAAAAAAAGAAUUUAUUUGCAUUGGAUAGUGAUAAUGAAUAAGAAGAAUAAAAUGUUCUUAAGAAUUGGAAAUUUACUCAUAAUGGUUAAGAUUUAUAAGAAGAUUAUAAUGAUUAAAUACCAGUAAGUUCAGAUGAUGAAUUACCUAAAGGUUUUGUUAAAAAUAAUCAUUUUGUUGGUUUUGAUUAAAAUUAAGAUAAAAGAAAGAGUAAAAAGGAAAUCUAUGAUGAAAUAAUAUAAAACAGUAAGUAACGAAAAGCUGAUAAAUAGAAAUUAAAAGAAGGCAAUUAAAUAAAGAUUUUAUAACUUAAUGAAGCAUUACCAUAAAUUUUAGAUAUACUUCCUAUCAAAUAAUCAAAACCUUAAGCUCCUACUAAGGAAGGUUUAGAUUAUUUUGAAUUGAUGGAAACAUUUAAAGCAGAUCCAAAGGUACAAAUAGAAACUGCAGUUUAAUCAUCAGAAAAAGAUUAAACUAAUUAUAUGAGAUAAAAGAGAGAAGAAGCUAAAAAGAAAAAAAUUGAAGAAAAUCGUAAAGAAAUUGAAAAGGAUUCAAAUGAUGAAGAUGAAGAUGAAAUUGAAAAUGAUGAUUGUGUUAGCAAAUAAUAUAAAAAUGCUAAAGAGAAAAAAAUGUUAAAGUCAUAUAAAAAAGUAGAACAUUUAUCAAAAGUAAUGGAACAUUUGAGAAAUGUUUAGAAUAGAAAGAAAACUAAAGUAGUAAAUAAAGCAGAUUAAUAACAUAAUGAAGAAGGAGAAGAAGAUGAUGAUGAGGAUAUAAAUGAAGUAUUAUCAGAUGAUUAAGAUGAAGAAGAUAGUGAAGAUUAUGAUGAUGAUGAGAAUGAUGAUGAUAAUGAUGAGGAUGAUGAAGAUGAUGAAGAUGAUGAAGAUGAAGAUGAUGAGGAUAAUGAAGAUGAAUAAAAUGAUGAAAAUGAUGAAGAUGAAUAAGAUAAUGAUGAUAGCGAAUCUGAUAUUAAACCUGUAAAAUAAAGGAAUGAAUAAAAAAAUAAAUCAAAGAGAAUUUUUAAAUGAUUAUGC